AAUAUAGGCGUACUGCGAAUUAAUCCGCGUGCAACUUCAAGCCUAUGCAGCCUGCGAGAUCUUCCAUAAUGAAGAUAUACCUGGCGCGCGAACUGAUCUGGACCUGUCUCUGGAUCUGUGUAGUGCAAAAAAAAAUGUGUCGUUGCUCGCCGCGCAAGUGGCAUUCGAAUUCAGUGUAUUCGACGUGGUCGACGAUCACUUGUCAUCAGGGAAAACCUCGAAAGGACGAAGUCGGCAAGAUUUGAGGCCGCUGAUCGAAGUAUCUGAUACGUAUACACAACGAUCGUGACAGCAUACAUAGACGAGGUUACAUGGCGAGUUAUUCACGAGGGCGAUCCUCUCGACAAUCCGAUGACACAAUGGACGAUGAUAUUGAUGACAAAGAUGAUUCCAAACGCAAAUCACGUAAUCUGAGCGAGAAGAAACGAAGAGAUCAAUUUAACAUGCUCGUAAAUGAGCUUGGUAGUAUGGUCAGUUCGAAUACGAGAAAAAUGGACAAAUCGACGGUGUUAAAGUCGACAAUAUUGUUUUUAAAAAAUCAUAAUGAGAUAGCUGUUAGAUCAAGAGUACAUGAAAUUCAAGAAGAUUGGAAACCAUCUUUUCUAUCAAAUGAAGAAUUUACACAUUUAAUACUAGAGGCUCUGGACGGUUUUAUAAUGGUAUUUUCUUCAAGCGGGCGCAUUUAUUAUGUGUCUGAAAGCGUCACAUCUCUUCUUGGAUAUCUUCCAAACGAGUUGGAAAAUACGACCGUUUACGAUAUCACGUAUCAAGAAGACCAAUCUCCUCUUUAUAAUGUACUAUUAAAUCCUGCCAUUACAAAAGAUCGACGGAAUAUCAGAGAAGAGGACAAAAUAUCUUUUUCGUGUCACAUUAAAAGAGGAGGUCAAAAUAUUGAAGAAAAUCCAAUAUACGAGCUUGUGCAAUUUGUCGGAUAUUUUCGUUCUGAUGUCGAUACAGAAGUGGAUAAUCUGCUUCCUAAUACAAAAUUCGGAAAUACUACUGGAAAAGAUACAAAAUUGGUUUUCGUGGGUACAGGACGCCUCCAGACGCCUCAAUUGAUUCGCGAAUUAUCUGUGAUGGACAAUACGAAAUCGGAAUUCACUUCACGUCAUAGCCUCGAAUGGAAAUUCUUGUUUCUGGAUCAUCGAGCACCACCCAUUAUCGGUUACCUACCAUUUGAGGUAUUGGGUACCUCUGGAUAUGAUUAUUAUCACGUAGACGAUUUGGACAAAGUAGUUACAUGUCAUGAAUCACUAAUGCAAAAGGGUGAGGGAACUUCCUGUUACUACAGAUUCCUUACGAAGGGACAACAAUGGAUAUGGUUACAGACUAGAUUUUAUAUUACGUAUAAUCAGUGGAACUCAAAGCCUGAAUUUAUCGUAUGCACGCAUUAUGUCAUCAGUUAUAUCGAUGUGAUCAAAGAAUUGCGCAAGGAAUCGCAAAGUUUUAAUAAAGAACAGACUCAAGACGUUAUGAUGUCAGUAAAACAAGAACAGGUAACGACAUCAUGUCCAGUUCCUCCAACACAGUGGUCAACAAAAUCAUCCAAGACAUCGAAAUCGAUACCUUCGAAUACUCGACCGAGACAUCAUGUCGAAAGCUCUGACAGUUCGUCAAUAUCAGCCUCUAUGCAAAGUUCACCUCAUUCGCAGAUAACGCAUAUUUCACGUUCAAAAGGUACAUCUGCAAACAAUUCCGUUGCAUCGAAGACUCAAAUGCUUCAAAUAGAUACUAGGCAUCAGCAGCAACAACAACAGCAAUCUCAACAAUCUUUGUUGGAAGUGGAUCAAAGUUGUAUUAAUUUCAUGGAACAUUCACAGUAUGCUGGAGUUAAUUUGCAAUCCGUCAAUACAGAUUUUGAGACUCCUUCCGUGCCGAUUAUAUCUUCAUUACCAACGCAAGAGAUGUUACAUCAGCAAAAUAUCGUAAUGACACCAGCGCAGAAUCAAAUUCAAGACGAACUGCAACGAAAACAUGAAGAACUGCAACAAUUAAUAAUGCAUCAGCAAGAAGAACUGAGAAAAGUAUCGGAACAGUUGCUUAAAUAUGGAAUUUUAUCACUUAAUACGGGAAUGCCAUACAAUGCCACCAACACGUGUCAACAGAUGAACAGAUGCAAUACAACCAAUUCGAACGUUCAAUUACCAACAUCAAGUAGUGUACAUGGAGUGAACGUUCUUCCUCUUCCCAUCACCGUUCCAAUGCCUAUAGUGCCUAUAGAAUUCUUUUCGCAUUCGUUAGCAGUGAGUCCAGUGCCAACAAUGUCUGGUUCAGCUCAAGGUAACGUAGACGCGAUGAUUCAGCCUCAACAACAGUCACAUCAACAACUGCAGCAUCAGCAGCAACAAUCCCAACAACAAGGACCAACUCAACAAAAUGGUAACCAGCCUGAUCUCGUGCCUUUUCAGAUGUGUCCGCAUCAAGCGGACAUGUUGUAUAACGAGAUGGAAUCAGCCUCGAAUCAACAGAGAUCAUCACAGAAUUAAAUAAAUUGAAUAUAUAUUCGUGUUGAAAUUUAUUUAUCAUGGAAGUUGGACUUUGAAGAGAUAUUCGGUAGAAGAAAAGGAUAUCAAGGGACCUAAAUAUUUAAUAAUCGUUGUGAAAACGAUAUAAUUUUGUAAUUUCGCUUGUAAUUGCAAUGGACACGAAGGAUUUCAUAUUUUUAUACAAGUGAGUUGUACAAAAAAUAUUCCGUCUAGGGAGCAGUGUUAUAGUUAGAACGCGAAUUGGACGGAUUUUGUAAGUAAUCUUUCUUUUUUUAUUUGAUAUUAUUUUAUGAUGAUUUAUUUUAUUUUAUAAAAAGAUUAAAACUUUUAAAAUUUA